AAGUAAACAAAUCUCACAUGACAGUGUACGGGUUCUUUAUUGGUCUGCAACACCUCAUUGUGAAGCUACUUCAUUUUGGUUCUGUUGUCCGUGCAAUCGCCCCACUCAAGCCUAUGCACCAGACAAGCCAAAAUGGCGGACCCGCAACCACAGUUUUCACUAGGGAAACCAUUUCCGUUGGCGCAUGCGCAGUAAAGUUAAGUGACAGCAACAGAAGCUAUCGGCUGGAUUUGUUUUUGGUCGACAGAACCCCGGCGAGACGUCCAUUUCCCGUUGUUGUACAGCCCUUACGCCCCCGGAAUUUGAACAGAACUGACAAACUAGCCACUAUGGGUGCCGGUUCGAGCACGGAGGCCGAAAGGGAGCCGCUGCUCGUGCCUUCACAUGCGGAGACAAACAGUCCGCCAGUAAACAGCAGAGUGUACGGGAGAAGAUGGCUGGUUCUGACCCUGUUUUCCCUGCUGGGAUUCAUGCAGGGGAUGGUGUGGAACUUCUGGGGUCCCAUCCAGAACUCGGCCGCUCACGCGUACGGCUUCACCAAGUCUGACAUCGCGGUUCUGGUGCUGUGGGGCCCGGUGGGGUUCGUCCCCUGGCUGUUGUUUAUGUGGUUAAUGGAUAAAAAAGGUUUGCGGGCGUCCCUCCUCCUCUCUGCAUUCUUCAUGCUGUUAGGAGCAGCUUUAAGGAGCAUUCCUCUGACAGACCACCAUUUUAGAAGAUGGAUGAUACACGUAGGUCAGUUGCUGAACGGUUUAGCCGGCCCAACCAUAAUGAGCGCCGGCCCCUUCCUCUCCACCACAUGGUUCGCCCCUGACCAAAGAGCCACUGCAACUGCAGUGGCCUCACUCUUCUCCUACCUGGGAAGUGCUGCUUCGUUUGUAAUCGGACCUCUGGUUGUGCCAGCCCCCAACGACACCCAGGCAGCGAUGGUAGCAGCAGUUUCUGACAGCUCCAUCCGGGACAGAAUCCAGCUGGUUAUGUAUGCAGAGUUGGCUGCAAUCGCUGUGCUCUUUGCGGCUGUCCUGCUGUAUUUCCCGUCACGCCCACCGAUGCCUCCCAGUGUGGCUGCUGCAAGCCAGAGACUCAGUUACAGGAACAGCAUCUGCAGACUUCUUAGUAACCUGCGGUUCCUGAUGAUUGCAUUGGCCUAUGCAGUCCCCACAGGAGUGAUUGCUGGCUGGGCAGGAGUCCUCGACAUGGUACUUACACAGCCAAGUCAUGUGGUGCAGGUGGACGCAGGCUGGAUUGGUUUCUGGUCAAUUGUUGGUGGAUGUGUGUUUGGAGUGGCAAUGGCCAGGUUUGCAGACUCCAUUCGGGGGAUGCUGAAGCUGAUCCUGGUGCUGAUGCUGGCAGGAGCCUCACUGUCCUCCACCUGGUUCACGCUAACCUGUCUGAGCACGUUCACUCACCUCCCCUCCACCGCAGCCAUCCUGUACACUUCCUGCAUCCUGUUGGGCAUUUUCAUUAACAGCAGCGUGCCAAUAUUCUUCGAACUUUUCAUUGAGACCGUGUACCCGGUACCUGAAGGCAUCACCUGCGGAGUGGUCACUUUCCUGGGGAACCUUGUCACCGGUCUCCUUCUCUUCUUUCUCACUUUUUACUGUACAGAUGUAUCGUGGUUAAACUGGUGUCUAACCGGCUCCUGUCUCUUCAGCCUCGUCCUCAUCCUCUUCUUCAGGGAGUCUUACGACCGCCUCUACCUGGACGUCUUUGUUUCUGUGUGACAUUGCUGAGGACAACAAAUCCCCACUACAACUAACAGUAAAGAACUAAAUAAUUAUUCUUGCACAAAUAGGAGGAGAAAAACGGAGACAAAGGGAAGGUGGAAAGCCCACACUUUUUUAUCACGGAAGAUUUUAGGAUGUAAAUGUAUAUAUUGGUAACAGUGGUGAUGGAUUGCUGUUGUAUGGCUGCAGACGAGAACCAAGAAGCGAUUCUACACCAAUGUUUACUCUUUAAAUGUGAUCGACUCAAUGCCAUAUGACUGUUUAACACAUCCUUAACUGUUUUAUUUGUCAGUCUCUUUGUUUGUAUAAACACAAACGUAUGUAAACGGUUUAAUUUCUUAACCAGGCACAGCAUGACAGACUUUUAGUAGUUGUUGUUUACGGAUCAUGUACAAUUUAAAGUCCCCCCCCCUUGCGGCCACUCUGUUCACCUUCCUUGAUCGUUGCUCAAGUAACUGGACACUGACUCAAAGCUUUUGAGUCCAGUUCAGCAUCAACGGUCUGCCCCUAACGUGGAAGGAAAGGGUCAUAAGCUUUGUCAGCCAAUCAGCAGGCCUGGCUGGGCUGAGUCGGGGCUAAACGGGGGACCUGGUGUUUUAGUGCUGCUCCGAGCUACAAGAUGGGACUCACCGGGGAAGCUUAACUGUCCUGAUGCCGUUAAGUGACCUGUGAUACUGUCAUUGAGAGGCAGGUACUUAUAUUAUGUUUUAUUGCCCUCUCAAGACGAAUAUUAUGCAAACAUUAUCUACGACUGAAUGGCGGCCAGAGACGUGGGCUGGAUUUGGAGAAGCCUGCGCUUUUUCCCCCCGCAACGUGGAAGAAGCUGAGUCAUCUGAACUGUUGCACCUUCACGUUUCAGAAGUUGUUCAGGCUAUUACUAGGUAAUUGUGUCAAUUUCUGCUUUUUAAUCUAACCACAUUAUGUUCGUUAACUUUUUACAGGUUUUUUAAAUGUGUUUUCCUCAGCAGCCUGCCAGUAAUUAUUGAAAAUGUCUCAACAUUAACAUUUCACACCCAGUUUCACUGAAACAGGAUGUUUGGUACUGAUUUCAGCCACAGAUGAGGCACACUGAGGGAGAUUAUUUUAUCAUACAGACAUGAGGAUUACGCCGCACUGUAAUUGCCAAGCGGCUCCUCCUCCCAAGCACCAGCAGGUAUCUCUGCGCCAACUGAGAGCCGACUGACCCAAAGGGAGUAAGAAAAGAAAGUUGCCAUUUUCUUGGAUUUCUUGACUGAUUGAACUGGAGCUGUGACAAAAACCCAGCAUCAGAUCUGGAGGGACACAACCACAAGGAAACACAUCAUUGUAAAUGAAAAACAUCUGUCACUUACGGACAAAGUUUUUCUCUAACUUUUCCAUGACUUCUCUUAGUGUCUUUGUCUUGCACAGCAGCUAUAAGACGUCUUUUUAAUGUGUUUUCCUCCGGGGUUCGAGGAGCCUCUCUAAUGGUGUUUUGUGGGGCUUUUGGGUUU